AUGGCAAAGUAUCUUCUCGAAGAGGACCAUUAUUAUCAAGAAAGCACGGAUACAGAACGUCACAAUGAAGCAAUUUCAGAUGGUUUCACGAAGCCCAAGGAAGCUCAAAGACCAGGAGAUGAGAAGGAACAGAGUAUUAUGCAGAUCGAAACUCAAACCCAAACGGCGGAAGGCGAGGAGGAUCAUACUGAUGAUGAAGGAUAUGAUUUGAUUAUACUUAAGAAACAUGGUAUUACGGUCAGAAUUUCGAAAAAUGAAACGUACAGCGCGAAGGAUAUCAUCCCCGAAGUGAUUGAAGACGUCCCAACUGAGCUAGAGCUGAAGGAGACAGAAGCCAUUAUUUCGGUUGGAUUGAAGAUGUCACCAUCUGAUGCUAUGUUUGACAGUCCCGUGAGAGUAACAAUGCCCCACUGCGGUGCAUUCACAGAGCCACAGGAUGCAGAAGUCUUCAUCUGUUAUCGCAAGAACGAUUCUACAAAGUUUACAGCGAUUCGUUCUACCAGUUUGAGUAGCCCAAGAUGUGUUAUGAGAGACCGCGAUCUUGAUAUAUACCUCAACCACUUCUCAAAAUUUCGGAUCGUUGCUACAUUAAAAGAGAUGUUUAUAGGCAAACGUGUUAUUUGUACGCCAAUAAUUCCUUUGGCAGCACCUAGACAUUGCAUGCCUGUUGUGUAUGUCAAUGUAAGGGACCACAACGUUGCAGAACAGAUUCCAGAAGGACAUAAGGCCCCGAUUCCCGGAGUGCAGUUCUUAGUUAGGUGGAAAUCAGGGGGAUUAAAGAUAUCUUGUAAAGAAAGUACAUUGAAAGACGAAGCCGAGAUUAUCCAGGAAAGUGAAUUUCGUCACCUUACUGUGCACAAAGUAAUGUUCGAGGUGGAUACACAAAACAUUACUCAGAAUGAAGUCAACCUACACAUCACCCUAGAACAGAGUACAACGAAGAAGCUCAUAAUUCCAAUGUUGAAUGGGGUUUGUUUUCCCUGUUUUUGCAUGAUCUACCCGGAUGUCAAUAAAUGGCUGACCCACCCUUACUUCUUGUCUAUGGUUGUCCUGACUGAGUACCCAACCCCCAACCCAUAUUACCACCCAAGCCAAGUUUACUACAAUGGUAUCAGGAGUGGGAUCACCGGUUUGAGAUUGAUGCAACCCCCUACUACGUCAGAGGACGCCAGCAGGUCAAGAGGAUAA